AAAGAAACGAGAGAGAGAGAGAGAGAGAGAGAGAGAGAGAGAGAGAGAGCGAGAGAGAGAGAGAGAGAGAGAGAGAGGGGGUCUGCGGAGUAACGCAGCCAAAACAUCCAUGGGUGGUUGUGUAGGCAGUCACCACGAUUCUUCAGGCAGUUUAAACGAAAAUUCGGAUGGGACCGGAGUGGCUCUUGGGCGCAACCAGGUGCUGAAGAGGGACAAGCCCAAAUGGAAGAGUGACUACCCGAUGACGGCGGGCCAGCUGCGCAGCAAGAGAGAUGAGUUCUGGGACACGGCGCCAGCCUUCGAGGGGCGGAAGGAGAUCUGGGACGCCCUCCGGGCCGCGGCGCUCGCCUUCGAGAGCAACGACCACGAGCUGGCCCAGGCCAUCAUCGACGGGGCCAGCAUCACGCUGCCGCACGGUGCAUUGACGGAGUGCUAUGACGAAUUGGGCAACCGCUACCAGCUUCCUGUUUACUGUCUGGCCCCGCCCAUCAACAUGAUCGAGGAGCGCAGCGACAGCGACAGCCAGGACUUCCUGUCCGAGCCGGCGGGUGGCGGCAGCGGGAGCGAGGGGACGGAAUCCCAGCUCCGCCUGCGCCUGUCGACGGGGCGUGACCUGCGCCUGGCCGUGCGCUCCUGCGACAGCGUGCUCCACAUGAAGCUCCGCCUGCAGGCGCAGGAGGGCGUGGCGGCGGCGGCCCAGCGCUGGUUCUUCUCGGGACGGCCCCUGACCGACCGCCUCCGCCUAGACGAGCUCAAGAUCUCGCGAGACUACGUGGUGCAGGUCAUUGUGAGCCAGCCGCCGGAGCCGGAGCCGGAACCUGCCGCCACAGAUGGACACACGCCCGCACGCACGCCAGAACACACGCCUGAACACACACCCUUACACGUACCGGCCCUGGUCUCUCAAGCUGUGCCAACUCAACCACAGGACCCCACACCUGUGGAGAACUAGGCCUGUCCCACACACACCAGAAGAACACACACACACACCUGCAGAACACACACACCAGUAGAACACACACACAGUUGGAGAACACAUACAUCUGGAGCACACACACCUGCAGAACAGACACACACCAGGAGAAAACACACAUACGCCUGGAGAACACACACACACCUCGAGCCAACAGAUUUCAUAGACAUGGAUUACAGACACAGCGGAAGUCUGUGUCCAUCUCUUCUCCUUGUUGGCAAGGCAUGCUGAGAUAUCAAGGGGCGUGACUGUUGAGCAAAGGACUCUGGGAGACGAUAAGGAGCAGGAAGAGACCUGGCCAUAGCAACAUCUAUCUCCUUGACAACCCUUGUUUUUAAGCUUUUACUAAUUUCUUGAUAUAUAACAAAUAUUUCUGGAUUUGGUGGAAACUGAACAACCAAAAAAAUAUUAAAAUGAAAACAGAAAAUACAGGUUUAUAAUCUACACCCCCCUCAAGGACAGUGGUCCGGUUCUAGUACCUUCAGAUAGACUGGACGUCAGUGUUCUAGAACACUCAGGAUGGAGGGCAGUGUUCUAGAACCGUUUAAAAGAAUGAAGGGUGGUGUUCUGCAACCCUCUGAAAGACUGAAGAGCAGUGUUCUAGAUCACUAAGAACGGUUGGUAGUGUUCUAAAACCCUCUAAAAGAAUGAAAGGCAGUGUUCUAAAACCAUCUAUAAGGUUGGAGGGCAGUGUUCUAGAACUUUCUGAAGAUCUACACAGGGCCAUGGUCUAGAACUCUCUGAAGGACUGGAGAGCAGGGUUCUAGCACCCCUGCAGUUCCAUCUCAGUGCUGCGGGAGUUCUGCUCUCGCGUGGACAUUCUACUAGUCACCUCACACACCUUUAGACCAAUCAGAUGUUUUGUUUGGACCCUGUCAGAGGUCAGAUCUUGGCUUGCAAACUUUAGUUGCUAGGCACUGCAUUGCUUUAAGUAGCUUUAAAAUGGUUUCUUGGUUACCAUCCCCUAAUCUAGACCUGACACUCUGGAGGCGGGGCGGACGCUGUUCAAACUGAAUGUGCUGGUUGGGGGGUUUGGGGGGGGGGGGUGU